GAAGUUUCGAACUGAAUCACCUGAACGACGUAGAGUGACUGAUGCCCAGCGGAGUUGUAAAAAUCAAGCAAAAGCCGCCUGGUCUGGGCCAAGUUUGUUUAGUCGACUAGUGUCAGUGUUAGCGGGAAGAUGAAACCAAGUUUGAAGCUUAGACAGGCGGGCGUGAUUGUGCUGGCAUUAAAUUGCGUCUUACUUUGCUCAGCGCAAGGUGGUCAGGGCGGUGCUGGUGGUUGGGGCGGAGCGGCGGGCUCGCCAGGAGCACCUGGUGCGCCCGGCGGCAGUGACUACGGCUUCGGCUAUGCUGGUGUAGACAGCAGAGGUCGCGUUUAUGGCGGCGCCGGCGGCAAUGGCGGCUACUAUGCAGGCGGUGUAGAUGAUCAGGGACGGCGCUUUGCGUACAGUGGCGGUGCAGCUGGCAUGCCGGGAAUGCCAGAAGCGCCUGGCGCAUAUCCUGGCGCACCAGGAGCACCUGGAGUACCUCGCGGCUAUCCCGGUGGCUACUAUGAUCAACGCUACAGAUCGUCAGCUAAUGCCAAAUGCACACAAGCACAUUGGCUGUGGCUCAUCAUGCCAUUUGCUAUGCUUGCGAGUUUUUUAUAAAACGACUAUAAAUAGUCGUAAUAAACAAAAAAAAUUGAAAAGUUAUAGAGAGCUGCAGGCAUGCCAGUUGUAAUUUAUUUACACAAAUGCGGAAUUUCAUCAGUUCAUUUUUAUUGCAUUAUUCACUAGCUGAUCGCACUAGAUUGUAAUUACAGAGUAGACUAUGUACCUAAAACUAUAAUCUUAGAUCUAUGUACAUGCAUUAUAAUACAAAUAAUAAAUACACACCUACAAGUAUACCUACAUAUAAUUGCACUGUAA